UCAAAGCAUGCAAACAAAUAUUUGAUGAAAUACUCAAAUGUGGGAAUGUGAAAACACAUGAAAUAAUUUCUCUUGUACUUGAUAUUUGUCAUAUGGGCCUCUUUGGGCCUCCAUGUAUGGGCCUCUUUGCUUAGGCUGCUGUCCCCACGAACCGGACCCGGAUAAGUGGUCGAGGAUGGAUGGAUGGAUGGAUGGAUGGAUGGAUAGAUGGAUAUCUCUGGUCAUGUUAUUUCUUUUGGUUUGACUAUACAUCAGUUAAAGGAAAGAUUAUUAAUUUCUUUAAAGUUUAGAACAUAGUGUCUUAAGCCAUCAGAAUUUACUAUAAGCUCUGUAGCAAAAUCAGUUUUGAGAAUAUGACACUUUCAAACUGAGACUGUAUUAAUUCCUAUUUAAAAUGUAUGCAGAAUGCAAAUUCUCAAGGAACCACAUUACCUGCAAGUGAAGGCUGGGUUACUUAAAGCAGGGACUGCAGUGCACGGAUCGCUCAAUGGCACCUUUGUGAAGGAAACCUAUACUGAUGGCAGAGUGAGCAGAGUUCAGAAAUGCAUGUAGCUUUCCUCACUUCUAUCGACCAGUUGGCUCGCUGGACAGCAGCUGGAGGACUGUGCAGCAUGGCUCAGUGGAGGCUUACUCUCACACUUACAGCUCUUUGCGUCUUCGUUUGGCGGGUAUGGGCCAGUCUGGAGGUCUCCAUGAAGGACAGGGAGGAGGUCUUACUGGAGGAGAAGGCAAACAUUGUCUGCGCGUACAACUUGCCGGAACUUACCAGUUCAUUGACGAUACAGUGGUUUGUGAGGGCACCAGGGGUCAGCAACAAGGAACAAAUCUAUUACAAAGACAGCAGUUCGGAGUUUGAGGUGCAGGGCACAAAGUUCACUGGCCGGAUCAACGUCUCUCACUCACUGGAGGCCACAAAGGGGAACAGCAUUCUGACCAUCAAUAAUACACGGCUCAGCGAUGAGUUGGAGUUCUUCUGCCAAGUGAGCGUGGAUGGCAUCAGCAAGGAAGGACGUACUCAACUUCUCGUGUUCAAUGCCCCAACUCGCCCCACCAUUAAAGUAGAACCUUAUGUCUCUGUAGGAACACAGCAGCCGGGAAAGAUUGCGUCUUGCGAGGUCAGAAAUGCGUACCCUGCUCCUAACAUCACAUGGUACAAAGACACGACCCCCUUGCAGCACUCAGACAGUAAGGUGAGGGUGAAGACCAUCAGGACAUUCAAUCCCAGCGGGCUGUUUACAGUGGAGAGUAAAUUGGAGCUUGAAGUAGAGAAAAAGGACAAGGAUGCAGAGUUCUACUGCGAGAUCAACUACUUUACCCCUCGAACACAGGGGAUGAUGGAGUCUGACCACGUCAACAUCACAGUCCACUAUCCAUCAACAGAAGCUACAAUGAAACAGGAAUCCCCUAAAGGUCUCAUCAAGGAAGGUGACAGAGUGGAGAUCAGUUGCCAGGGAAAUGGAAACCCUCAGCCAUUCAUAACUUUCACAUAUAAUGAUGAGGAUUGGCAGCCAGAAAAUAAUCUUCUGGUUCUGGUUAGCGUGACUCGAAGAAACAGUGGCACGUACUCGUGCAGCGCGCUGGACCUUGUUGAGGUGAUCUCUGCAAACUUGAGCAUCACUGUACACUAUCUGGAUUCUGUUGUGAUCAUUCCAGAGGAAGAAGUUCACUUGGGCGAAGGGGACGAUCUGUCUCUGACCUGUUACGCCAACUCAUCUCUGUACACCCAUGCAGUGUGGUACAAGGACAAUGCUUAUCUCACAGAGGGACACAUGCUGAAUUUACACAACGCCUCCUAUGACAUGGCUGGGAAGUAUGUCUGCGUGAUAGAGGCAUCUGACCUGCCUGAACUACGUAGAAACAACUCAGUGCUUAUCACUGUGAAAGGUAAGCCUGUGAUUACAGAGGGAGUGAAAGUAAUUCCAUUGGACAGCGAAAAGUCAGUCAAUUUGAGCUGCACCGCAACAGGACACCCAGCACCCACCAUCAUCUGGGCACUCUCUGAUGAACAAGCUCGUGUGAGCGAGUGGAUCACUAAGAAAGAAGACAAGGUUAUCAGUGUUAUUAGCAUCAGCACAUCAUCUUACAUCACAGCGUCCUGUGAAGCCUCCAACAAGAUGGGCACAGUCAAAGAAUCUCGUAAGAUUGAAGCCACUGAAUUUAAAAAACCAACAACUUCAAUAACAAGCACUACUUCCACCAGUACAAAGGCGCCAGAAACAACCAACACUUCAAAAAGAGUAAGAAAAGAGGGCAGUGGAGUCAUCAUUGCUGUCAUCAUCAUCCUCAUCUUACUGCUAGCCAUCUUGGGCAGUGUGCUCUACUUCCUGUACAAGAAGGGAAAGAUCCCAUGUGGACGCUCAGGGAAGCAGGACCUGACGAAAGAGAGCGCCAGUAAAGACGACAUUGUUGUGGAGAUGAAGAGCGGCAAGUCUGAGGAGGCUGUGCUUCUGCAAGGCGUGAAUGGUGAAAAAAAGUUUCCCAAUGACCAGUGAAUGACGGAUGCACGGAUGCACAGAGAAGAGUUGCCGCUUGCUGCUUCCAUGCUACACACUCUCUCAGGGUGGGAUCCUCGCAGUAAGAGGCCUUGAGCCUUUACCCCACAGGAUCGCCACAUUUACUCCUCCCCUGUGAACUGGGACAGAGGGCCUCUGCCCCACUGCACAGACCUCGUUUUCUCAACCUUUCAGUUUUUAUUUUUUAGUAUGUUAAUCCAAAGGCCUUGACAGGAUGGACAGUCCAUAAACAACAAUCUGCUCUCUCUAUGAUGUAUAUAUGGGCUACUGUACAUAUGUAGUUAUUUAAAAUGCUUCAGACAAAGAACAUCUGAAGGGUGAUUUGGAGGAGAGACCUUUGCUGAAGGCUGUCUUGCUUGCUGUUGCUCUGCCUCCAUCAUAUAGUCCUUGCACUGAAAUACUAAGCCGUCUCACACUGCUGUACUUUCACUCUAAACCGUGCUAAAUGCGACCAAUCACAUCGACAUUAUAUUGCUUAAAUUUACGCUUUUGAAAGAUCAACUGAAAAUAAUUGAACUGUUCAUGCUGCCAUAUGUCGCUGUUGUCGGAACAAAACCUCGUAUCUCCAUUUUUGUUAAUUUUUCAGUUUUUGACAGAAUUUGAAAAGCCCUGUUUCCCUUUAUGUUGUAUCUAAAUUUCAUGAUGAACAGACCUAAUAAAAUGACCCAAAAUUGCUUGGUAAAAAGUCUAGUUCCAUUGACUUACAUUUAAAGUAGAUUAUGUUUUUUCCUUCUCCUGUAAAGUUACUAUUUU